AUGGAUAUGAUCAUACCAGAGAGAAGCUUCUCUCUGAUAUAAAUAAGAGAGACAAACCAAGCAAUCUGUUUAACAUCUAACCGUCUAAUUCUAACGUAAGAUUGCGUAAGAUCGAAAGACAAGUAAACAGUGGACAGGGACAGUCCCGAAGUCCUGGGUUCCGAUCUGGUGUCAUCUCUAAUAGAUCGAGGUUAAUUUACGUAAAAAUAUAGUGUAAGAACGCAAAAUUUUGCGAGAGUGAAGAAUAAUAUCUCAUUGUGUAUGAAUAGAAAAACGUAACACGGCGUCCCAUAGAGGAUGGGAAAGAAAUCCAAUGAAACGAGCUAUGUCAUCUAAGCAAGAUGUCUCAUUAGACGGGAAGAUGAUUUUUGGAUCUUUACUUAAUCAACGGUAGUCUGCUGACUUGUCUAAAUAAAUUUAAUUCAAGAUGAACGUUGAGGAGAAGAGACUCGCGACGUUUCGCGAAUGGCCAUCAAACGCCGCGAUCGGCGCGUCGUGUCUCGCGAAGGCGGGGUUUUACUAUACUGGACGUUGCCUGGAGGUACAGUGCUUUUUAUGCGGCACGAUGAUAUCGGAUUGGAAUUAUGGUGAUCAAGCGAUGGCUCGUCAUCGACGGACAGCGCCCAAUUGUCCCUUCGUCAUUGAUCCUGCUGGGACUUGCAACGUUCCCUUUAUCCCGACGACAGCUAGUGUCGCAUUGGAAUCGACGAACACGACAUCGUCGAAUACGCGACGAUCCGACAGUGACGAAGGUCCGGAACAACUGCUGUCAUCUGUAACGCCGUGGCUGUCCAAUCCUUUAACUCUAAGAGAAUAUGAAACUGUUUCGCAAAGGCUGCAAACGUUUGACAAUUGGCCGCUAAGUUCUAUCAUUCGUCCAGAACAACUGGCUGCAGCGGGAUUUUACUAUCUUCAGUAUAAAGAUUUGGUGGAAUGCGCAUUUUGCAAAGGUAUUCUAAUGAAUUGGAAAGCUGGUGAUGAUCCAGAGCAUGCUCAUAAAUUAAAUUUUCCUAAUUGCGAUUUCUAUAUGAGACAAACAGAAGAUGAUGAUGCAUUUGGAUUAGUCAGAGUCUUAUCUGGCACUAGCACAAAUUUAACAGAAUUAGGUAUACAAAUGCAUACUGUAUCUAUAUCACAAUAUACAACAUAUGAAAAAAGAUUGCAGACUUUCCAAAAUUGGCCAAAAAAUCUUAAGCAAACUCCAGAGAUGUUAGCUGCUGCUGGAUUCUAUUAUCAAGGGUAUGAUGAUCAAGUCAGAUGCUUCCAUUGUGAUGGAGGAUUACAUGGUUGGCAACCAACAGAUGAUGUAUGGAUUGAACAUGCAUACUGGUUUCCAAAUUGUGGCUUUGUAAUUCUUAUGCGUGGUCACAAAUUUAUCAAACAUAGUAUAGAUACAAGAGGAUCUUUAAAUCUUUCGAUUUUUGCUGAUGUAACAGGAGAAAAUGAUGCCAUAGAAACUUCAGCAACUCUUCCCAGAGUACAACUUAAUGAAGCAUUAACAGAUACAACAAUGUCUGUAACAGAUGUAUUAAAAAUUACUUCAGUUACUUCCAGUACUUCAGUUUCACAAUCUAGCGAACCAAUAACAGAUACAGUGACACAACCUAUGGCAGGUGCCACAGAUACUAUAGUUACUUCUGUUCCCACAGUUUUACCUUCUAACAAGUCAAUAACAGAUGUAACAGUUAAGAGACUACUAGAUACUGCCCCAGUUAAGGCUGCUCUUGAAAUUGGACUACAUGUAGAUAGAGUAACUAAAGCUCUGAAAAGAAGAAUGGAAGAAGUUGGCGAACCUUAUGUAAAUGUUACACAACUCAUAGAGGCUGUUCUACAUGAUCAACUUAUGGAAGAUCAUACUAGAUUUGAUAAUAAUACUCCUACCUCAUCAUCUUUGGAAUUGAAGACUUUAUUUAAUCAAAUUAUGCAAUCAGCUAGCAAUUCUACAAGUAAGACACAAGUAUCUAACACAGCUGAAAACAAACAUGAUAAGAAAGAAACUGAUAAUGAAUCAGAUGACAUUAUGUCUUUACGAGAGGAGACUAGAAAAUUGAAGGAGGCUCGUUUAUGCAAGAUUUGUAUGGACAAUGAAUUAGCUAUAGUGUUUUUACCUUGUGGCCAUUUAGCGACGUGCGACAACUGUACACCAGCCCUAACGACCUGUCCAUUGUGCAGAUUAAAGAUUCGCGCUUAUGUUCGUAUCUUCUUGCCUUAAAUAUGAAAUAUUUUUACAAGAAGAUAUUUCCUCGUAGAAAUCGAGGUGAUCCUUACACGCAAGCAUCUUGGACAAUUUUGGAAAUAAGCUAUUUUCAAUACAGCCGUUAAAGUCUGUCGAAUCGAUUGACGAAAUGAACUGUAUAACCAUUACAGAC